ACGGAUCCUCGAGCAUAAGAGCACCUCCUCCUGCUCUUCCUCUCUUCUUCUCUUCUUCUUCUUUUAUACUCUACUCUCUCUAUCAACACCAUCAUGCGCGUCUCUGCUUCUCUCAUCCUCGCCCUCGCGGCCCUCGCCUCCGCCCAAAACAUCCUCUCCGACGUCGAGUCCAUCGUCAACGGCGCGACCUCCAUCGUCUCCGACAUCGAGUCGGCUGCCACCGGCAUCGCCUCCACCGUCGUCUCUGGCGCCACCGCCGCUACUUCUGCCGCUGAAUCAAAGGCCACCGGCUUUGCCUCCACCGUCGUCAGCGACGCGACCGGCAUCGCCUCCACCGUCGUCAGCGGAGCAACCUCAUUCGCCUCCGCCGCCGAGAGCGAGGCCACCGGUCUUGCGUCCACCAUCGUCAGCGGCGCCACCAGCGCGGCCUCCGCCGCCGAAUCAAGAGCGACCUCGUUCGCGUCCGCUGCCGAGAGCCAGGUCUCUGGCGCCGCCUCCUCCUCGUUUGCUACUAUCACCACCAGCGCCUCUGGUUCUUCCGGCCCGUCGUCGGCGUCUUCUGCGUCUUCUAGUGCUGCCUCUGCAUCCAGCUCGGCGGGUGCUGCGCGCAAUGUUGCUAUUGCCGGCACUUCUUUUGUCGGUCUCUUCCUCGCUAUGCUGUGGUAGACCCUAUUUUUGUCUUUUAUUAUUUUGUAGUAUAUAGUCGGUUUGGAGAAUAAGGUGUUUUGUAUCCUGCGUGUACCUAUAUCUGUACAUAAGAUAUGUCGUGUGCUUAUUAUGGAUCAGACUGAACAUCUCCAUCACACUACCACCCCACAUCAGCACAUAGCACAUUGACCCACAUUUAUUUGAUUAAAUAACAAUAAACAACAAUAUCAAAACAAUAAAAUUACAAUUCACAA